GCUGACCAAGCAGGGUCGAGUAGCAACCUGUCCAAUCUUUUGAAAUUAAGAACAAUUUUUCCGAUUCCCUCACUGGAAAUGGAUAACAGAAAGAAAGCAUCGUCAAAUGUCGACAGAUAUGGGAAGAAAAAAUCCUCCACAUCAUCUUCUCGACUAAUGAUGGGUGUUGAUGAGAGUUAUGCAGCGCCAUCUGGUUUAACUAAUCAAAGAACUGAUAGUGCAAAGUCACGAGAAAUUAAUAAAAUUCAGACGCUUAAGGAAGAAAAUGAGAAACUGAAACAAGAGAUUGAAGAAUUAAGAUCAUUAUAUACACAGCUAAUAACAGAUAAAAAACAAGAAAAGUUUGAAGAAAGAAGAGUACAGAUACUGAAAGCACAAAUUAUACAACUUGAAAGACAGAUACUAUUACACUCAGAAGGUUUGAGUUCAAGAAGUAAAAUAUUGUUAGAAGUUGAGAAUUCUAUGUCUGCUGUGACUGGUCAACUCAGGGACUUACUUGCUACUGAAACUCGAGGACCUGUUGUAUCAUUAGAAAGAUCGCAAUUAACAAAUUUAAUUGAAAAUAUAGAAUCUAGUAGACAUAAGCUGUAUAAAAAUAUUGAGUGUUACAGUGCUGACAAUGUAUCUAAACCGUUAUUGUUUAUGGAUCCAUUUUGUAAAGAGACAUAUCAAGAUUCUAUUAAUGUAUUGGAUGUUUGUUCAGGUUCAACAAAUCAUAUUAAUUUAAAACAAGUGGCGAAGUUAGAAUCAAAAUUAUUUCAUUUACAUCAUAAGUUGUAUAGCUUACAACAGUCAAUGGAGCUGUGUCCGACCAGUUCAAAUUUAGAACUAAAUUCAGAACACUUGUCUCAUCAAUUGGUUAAUUGUAAACAACUACUUGAUGGAUGUUGUCAUGAUCUAUUAUGUUUAUCAAUACUUAUCCCGGCAGCACCAUGGGCAGUACUUCAUAGACCAGCUCUUGGCGAGUUCACCUCAGAGAAAAUAAUGAAAUCAUUGCCCAAUUUUGUGAAAAGUCAACAACAACAGGGGCGCAUUGUAAUAGAGGCACUUAUAAAGGCUGUUAAUUACUCAUUGGAAGUUGGUAAUCAAAAGUUACACAGUAUUGUUGAAUCCCUAACACCGAUGGCAGAAUCUAACGAUGGUCAGGGUGACAGUGAACGGUUGAGUACUUUGAGUGAGUUCUGUACAGAAUUCUUCACCAGUUUGGACAAGGUACAUGAAGAGUCAGUUCGGAAACAUAAAAAGCAGACCAAGAAAGUAGAACAGCUGGAACAACAGGAGUCUGACAUUUUGAAAGAAACCCUCCUCGUCAUGGAAGAAGUUAGAAUUAAAAAAGAGGAAGAAGUGAAACGGAAAUCAGUCUCUGGUAAAGAGAAGCUGGGGGCUAGUGUAAAAGAAUCGCCACCAAAGUAA